UCGGUUCACCCUGCAAUUCGUGCCUGUAGGUGCCACCUCGAACAACGCUCGAAAGUGCCAGUAGUGGAAGCAGUAGUCGUGAAACACCACCCAACAGAGCAACAGGAUGGCUUUCAACAAGGACGAAAUGAACGCACCGAGCUGGAUGGAUUGCGCCUUUUUCGAGAAGGUGUUGCGCCACUCGGAGCGUGAUAGUACGAUCGUGGUGAAGGAGUUUCGUGUCCUGCCGGGUACCAAACCGGGAGAUCACUUUGCGAGCGUGAUCUUUCGUGUGCUUGUACGCCACGAUAAAGCCGCCGACGAGGUGUCACUGAUCGUGAAAACGCUCCCGGCCGAGGAUGGGCUCAAGAAGGACAUCCUCAAGGAUGGGUACGUUUUCGAGACGGAAACGCUCAUGUACACGACCAUCGUGCCCGCGAUGCACCAACUGCUGCGAUCCGUUGACGAUCCCACCGUACUUGGCGCGAGACUGCUCUACCACGAAAAGCACCCUGUAUGGGUCAUGGUGUUCGAAGACAUUACCAAACUAGGAUUCGAGAUGAAGUCGGCACAAUUGGAUUUAUUCGAAACCAAGGUGAUCUUUUCUAAGCUUGCCCGCUGGCAUGCGGCUUCCAUGGCACUCGUCGAUACGCUUCCGGAAAUGAAAACCCUAACCAAAGGCGUGUACGUCCUGUUCGAGGAGAACCAAGAAUUCCUCAACAUGUGGAAAAGCAAUCUGGAGCUGCUCUCCUCGAUCGUGCUGGAUUUGCCCGGUCUUGCGCAAUUCUCCGAACGGAUUCGCACUGUGAAGGACAAAAUCUUCAAAAAAGCCUCCAGCAUCUACACCUUCGAUCCGACAUCAUGCUUGCACGUGUUGAACCACGGGGACUGUCACUUCAAAAACAUGAUGUUCAAACGGACCAAUGGAAUGCUGGACGACAUCAUGCUGCUUGAUUUUCAAAUGAGCGUUUGGGGCACGCCUGCGAUCGAUCUCAUUUAUGCGUUGUACAACAGUGCGUCGAUCGCGACCCGCGAAGGACACCGCGACGAGCUCAUCAGCUUCUACCAUGCGCAGCUCGUGGAGUGUCUUGGCAAGUUUGGUUACCUCCGCAAAAUGCCAACGCUGCUCGAGAUUCAUAUGGAAAUCCUGAAAUGUGGACACUUAGAGUUUCUGCUGGCAGCCACCUUUGUACCGUUCAUGUGCGUAGAAAUGAGCGAGUUCAUGGAUAUACCCGAGGACGGUGAAGGAUUCGAAGUAGACUUCGCGGACACUGAAAAGAUGCUCGAAAGCUUCAGGAAGUGUUUCCUUACGCCAGUCUACGUUGAGUACAUCACAAAAGCCCUCCCCAAGUUCGCCCACAAAGGACUGCUAGAGUUGAACUGAGCGGAGCACCCGAAAGGUUCAAAAACAUUACUUUUAGACCUAAUCGGAAGGACUAUGUAUUAUAUUCAUUCAGUGGGAUCAUCGAAGGAACUCUUUUGUAUUAUGUUGCAUGGAAUAAAAGCUCCCUCCAGGCGUUAUUAACCAAUA